UUUUAUAAAUGGAGCAAGUUUGAGUAACCACUACUGUUGUUCUAGCUGCCCCAUUACCUAACUUGCCACCAUCAAACAAAAAAACUAACCCAUUAACAAAUAUCAACUAUAUAUUUCUCCAUUGUACUCCCUUCUUCCAUAAGCAAUUUACUCACAUUUCUCAUCUUCAUCUUUCACAUAAUUUCCGAAGUUUACAUUAUAUCCAUAAUCCAACCCAAGAAGAACAGCAGAAAAUGUCGCACCACGAAUCAUCAACCAUCCACAUCCAAGAGCCAAAGUCGGAGCCAAGAGGAAAGUCUGGGGCCAUGAAAGCUGUUAAAGUUAUGGGAUCAGGAGGGGGAGCUGUGAAUAGAGGGCUCGCUGUUUUCGACUUCAUUCUAAGGCUGGCUGCUUUAGCUGCUGCUCUUGGUGCCGCUAUUGCAAUGGGAACCAGUGAUCAAACUCUUAAUUUCUUCACUCAAUUCUUCCAGUUUCAUGCUAGAUACGACGAUCUCCCUGCUUUCUCAUUUUUUGUGGCUGCAAAUGCAGUGGCAAGUGCAUACCUUGUUCUCUCCCUGCCAUUUUCCAUUGUCAGCAUAGUGAGACCACAGGCUUCAGGGGUGAGGAUGCUACUCAUCAUCUUCGACACGAUAGCAGUAGCACUGAUAUCCGCAGGUGCAGGAGCUGCAGCAGCCAUAGUAUACUUGGCACACAAGGGUAACAACAAGAUCAACUGGGGGGCUAUCUGCCAACAAUUUGGCAGCUUCUGUGAGCGCGUUAGUGGAGCUGUUGUUGCUUCAUUCAUUGCUGCUUUUCUCUUCAUCGUACUCGUGUUGAUCUCUGCUGCCUCCCUCAGAAGAAACUAAGUAUUUCUUAAGGAUGGAUUUUAUCAGUGUGACAAAUUAAAUGUAUUUAUCAUAUCUUAGCUUGUUAAUACCGCCUUUUCUUUCUUUUCUUAACAGUCGAUUUGGACUUGUAGACAUUUGUAAGACUAUGAAUUUGAGUUUGAAAUGGAUUAAUUUGAAUUUGUAUGAAGUA